GCUGAUCAGUGAUUGUUGUGUGUAGCCAUGUGGGGGAACCUUUUGCCCGAUCAUUUUGCCAUGGCUCCUAAAAGACGCCGUACGACGUCGAACGAGACUAAGAAGGAUGUUGCCCACCUGAGAGAUGGGACCGUCGAUGGCUUCCCCAGUGGAAGUGAUGGGAGAAAGUGAUGAACAAAGAUCCUGCCAAAUGGGACAAAGUCCCCAAGAGGAGGGGAGAGCACAUAUUAUGUGUUAUACACAUAUGAAUCAAAGCCUCAAAGCUGCCGAACAGCGCAAGAUCAGCAUGUCCUAAGACUAAAGACCAAGCACACAAGCUUUUACCACAAGAGGCGGCACAUGGUGGCAUCAAGAUUAUGUAGACUCAUGAUUAGUAAAACACCCUCAUUGGGACUGAAACACCUCGUCAUAUGGAGGCUAUUGGUGUUAUUGAUGAGCAGUCUACAUUACCUGCACAGCUGCAAGUUUUCGAUCUUCAGAAUCUCCUCUAGACUCUAGAUUCACCACUCCUUCUCGUAUCUACGAGUACAUCUGGGUGUUGCCUAUGUCUGUUGUGAUUCUUGCUCCUGAUAUCGGAUGCUAUACUUCCAGGUCCCGGUGCCCUGAUGUCACGAAGCUGGAGUCAAAGAAGCUCGAAAGCUCCAAACUUCAAACCUUGAGUUUAUAUUUAUAUAUAUAUAUACUAAUAUACCCUCCCUCCAACAUUCAUGGAAUGGAAGCGGAAAAAGAUGAAAAUGACCUGUUCCUGGAGGAAAACUGUCUUCCAAGAAACCAUGUUCCUUCCUCCUACCAAGAAACAUCAAGAAACUGUCCUCCAACAUGUUCCAUGAUGUUCCAUGCUAUCAUGUUUGUUGGAUGGAGGGUCAAUUACCCUCGUGCUCGUCACAAAACUCAUCACCUUCCGAGAUCUGCAGAGUGGAAGAUCUUCAUCCUCACCCCCACAAAAGAUGUCAGGCAACAUCACCUGUCUAAUGCCCCAAACGUCGAGAAAACACGUCGGCCUCACUUCCCGGUGGCUUUGUCUGAAUUGUAGGGUCCAUUUGGGAGGAUCAUCACACCAAAGAAGGACUGGACACGGAGAAGCUGGCUGGCUUUGGGAAAAGAAGUAGACAAGAACCAGCCCCAUGCUCGAACCCCCAGAUCUCCACGGCCCACCCCAUCGUUG